GCACCCAUCAAUUGAAUGACAUUCGUUUGUGUUGCUGAGCAAGAUCGUUCACUCAAUUCAGUUUAUUUUUGCACCAUGGAGAUUGUGGUUGCUCUGUUGGUGUUUCUCGUGGUGAUUAUUACUCAAACCGAGGGGGCAUCAUUUUUUGAAAGUGUUCCAUCUAGUGAUUAUUACCUUAGAAAUGAUGUUUUUGAUUGUGCUUCACGAUAUUACCCACCAAAGCCACCACCAACAUUUGAUGAAUUUUCAUCUGAGAAUUUUCCCGCUGUCGCCGGUGGUGUAAGAGCUUUCGAUGGAGAAUAUCAGCACAUGGUUGCAAUUGGCUGGGAAUUCAAUGAUACCAUAAAAUAUUUAUGCGGAGGCAGUAUUAUUCAUAGUAAAUUUAUAUUGACCGCUGCACAUUGCUCGGUUCCUGUCAAUGGCAUAACUCCGACUAUUGUGCGCGCAGGAGAUUCUGACUUGGGCAAUAACGAAAAUGACCAUUUGGCUGUACAACGGACCAUUUUGCGUAUCGUGAGACAUCCAUUACAUCGUCAUAGCAGAAGUUAUCAUGAUAUUGCGCUGAUUGAACUGGAGAAUGAUUUGACUUUCAAUGUCCACGUGUCUUCCGCUUGUUUAUGGCUUGAAUCCUAUGUUCCUUCAGAGCCACUUCAAAUUGUUGGCUUCGGCGAAACAAAAUUGGCACAUGGCCCAAGUAUGACCCUUCAAAAAGGUCAGGUGUCCUACCAAUCCACUGAUGUGUGUGAUGAUGCGCUGACUUCCAGGCGUAGGAUACCGAAUGGUCUGCUAGAGAGUCAAUUUUGUGCAUCACACGACACUAUGGAUACUUGUCAGGGCGAUUCAGGGGGACCAAUUGAAGUGACAAAAAUCGACAUGUUCAGGCGAGAGAUCGCCCUUAUCGUGGGUAUAACUUCGUUCGGAACGGCUUGCGGCGAUGGUUCAGUAGGAGUUUAUACAAAAAUUUCACAUUACAUAGACUGGAUAGAGAAAGAAACCAACCAAUCUUACAGCUAUGGGAGCUGUGCAGCGAGAAUGCUAGAAACUAAAUUCAAAUUAGUUGAAAUCACACAGCUUUCUACGGAUAAGCCGCUUCCGUACGUUCAUCUGUCAAAGGACCGAUCAGAUACGCGUGAGCAUGGCUGUAUGGGAACUCUGAUAGACGAUCAAUUUGUAGUCACAUCGGCACACUGUGCAACACUUCCAACAGGAGCUCCUCAGUUUAUCUUCAUCGCUGAUCACGGAGAGUACGUUCCCAUAGCUGAAGUUAUUCUACAUCCCCAAUAUCAACAGAACGUUCAAACGCAUAACAUAGCUUUGCUAAGAUUAGGCAAGUUUCUUAAAAGAACACUGAAGCCAGCUUGCCUAGCGGAGCAACCACAAUCUGCGGUGAAGCCUUCCGUUUCCUUUUUGCUUAAUGGUUUCAUAAUGGCAAACGAGAAUAAGUUCUUUAAAUACUUUCUGCGCACAUUUAUACCUGAAAGAGAUCGAUGUUCUGCAUCUACUAACGAAAUUUGCAUGAAAAGUUACUUUCCAGUUAUUCCAACUUUAUGUCAGAUCUCAGAUGGAGCUCCAAUUUUGAUAGAAUCUCCAGAAGGUAUACCAUUCUUUUACGGUAUAGUUGAUAAAAACAACAGCGUAUGUGAUGGGGAACUUCGUGGUACUUUGGUUGAGCCUCAUAGAGAUUGGAUAAAAAGUGUUUUGCAACGUUUUCUAAGAAGGGAAGUUUUGAUUUUUACUUAAGAUAUAAUGCCUAUCCACGUUUAAUUUCGGACGCCAUCGUUGAUAUGACGAACAGUCCGGUGACAAAACAUGAAAAUGUCGGUGCUUUCUGCUUAAUUUAGACUUUUAUCUUGGAAAACUGUAGUUCAUUCAAAUCUGUUUGGUAAAGAAAUGACGUUUUCAGAAAAAAAAUGUGACGAAAAUGGAUUUUGUAAAAAUGCAUUCAAAAUUUAAAAAAAAACUCUAUCAUAAAAAAUAAA